GAGCAUGCUGCUUCUGUUGUGCAUUAUUCCGCUUACGUUGGUUGUUUGAUAACGUUCCAUUCGUCUGUUGUUUUUUCGUGCAGUCGGCCGCGCGACAUUCUCACUUUUUCCCAUUUGGUCGCUCAUUUCGUGCCUUUCACUUGCGGGCUACGCAUUAUUGGAGCGCAUGGGCGCGAAUUUGAAAUAUUCAUAAUAAAACGAUACAGUGUUGCGUGCUGUGAUUGAAUACCUUUCGGUAAACGGUAAUCAUAAAACAUACAUACAUACAUGUGUGCGUGUGUGCGAUUGUGUCUGUCUGUGUAUUGAAAGGUGUGUGUAACAAUGCCUGCCAUUUGUAUUAUCUGAAAACACUUGUCAAUUGACGCGCAACGUGAUCGGAUGCAAUACUAUAGCCGUUUAAAACGUUUUACGCAAAACUCUUCUGUUUUGUAUUGUUUCGAAGCGUCAAUGUGACAGUUUAUAAAAAGCCUUCAAUCGGGAUAUUUGCAAAUAUACGCAUAUAAAUUGUGCGUAUAAAUCAAUUGUAAUAACAACAAUAAAGUGCAAUAUUUUAUUCUUACCGAAUUAAAAAGUGAUUAUUUUAAAAGUGUGCUUUCAAAUUUUGUUGAUUGAAAAAUACAAAAGUGCUUUUUAAAGCAUAUAUUGGCUGAUGAUCUUUGUUCAACUGAAGGACUUAAAAUUGAAUGCGGUGACUACGAAAUAUUAUGAAAGAAGAACUCAAAAUUUUUGUAAAACCUGUUGAAUUCUGAACAAUUUGCAAUAGAAGGUGUAUCAAUAUAAAAAACAUUAAACGAUUUUUAAAGUGGCGCUUAAGUUAGAUAGCAAAAUGACGAGUAUCUCCACAAUUCUUCAACAACAAAAGCAACAAACUGACUACCGGUCGCAUUUGCACAAUGGCGGCGGCCGCAGCAGUCGCAGUAGUAGUGAAAUUAGUAGUGGUGGAGAGUCGCCACCACAAUUAACUGGAUCGGACGCGCUCAACAUGACAAUGACGGCAGCAACCGCAGCAACGACUUUGCCACACAAGCAUCAUCCUUCGCACCACCAACAUCACCAUCAUCAUCAGCAGCAACAACAACAACAUGCAAGUCUAGUUGCGAACUCCUCAUUAACAGCCGUCAAUACUGCGUUCAACACGCAACAACAACAAUCAAAUCAGCAACACCAACACCCACAACAGUCGCACCAUCACAAUCAUCACCAACAGCAACAGAACGACCACAUUAAGCGGCCAAUGAACGCAUUCAUGGUCUGGUCACGCGGACAGCGACGCAAAAUGGCGCAGGACAAUCCAAAAAUGCACAAUUCAGAGAUUUCAAAACGUUUGGGUGCCGAGUGGAAAUUACUUACCGAGGGACAAAAGCGGCCAUUCAUCGAUGAAGCGAAGCGUUUACGAGCGCUCCACAUGAAAGAACAUCCCGACUAUAAGUACCGGCCGCGUCGCAAACCAAAGACACUCAACAAAUCGCCUGUGCCUGGUUCCGGUGUGAAUGGCGCACAAAAGGAGUCACAACAGUCCCAUCUUGGCGCAUCCGCCGCGGCUGCAGCGGCAGCUGCUGUUGCCGUAGCCGCGCAGCACUCACACCAUGCACACCAUCAACAGCAUUCACCCACCAGUCAUCAUCACAUUGUCAAUGCGGCCAAGUAUGGUUUCGGCGCUACACCCCUAGAGUUGACGUUAAAUAUGCCGACACGCCAUCUACCAGGCGCCUUUCCAACAGCGACGGCGCUCACGCACUAUCCGCUGGAUCCCACCUUAGCACUCGAUUUACAGGCGCGUCUUCAAGCCAUGUACGCCGGUUCGCUAUAUCACCCGUGGCGGUAUUUUGGGUGCGCACCGCUCAUUAGCCCAGAGGCACCGCCGUCGCCGCCCAGCAGCAACGGCACGGGCAGCAUUGCUUCGUCAUACGGUUGUGGCAUUAAAUCCGCCAAAUCUUCGCCAACGCUGCCACUGUCAGCGGGCACUCAAGCGCCGCCCAACAUUAUUUGACCAACUCCUUUGAGAUUUGGUGGGAGCUCCUUGAGUAAUACUGCCAUUGCGGUGGUCGCUGAACCGGCUAUGUAGACUAUUACUCAUUAUGUAAAUGCUAGCGUAAGCGUAAUUGAUCCUACUCGUGUAUUCUUAUUGAGUAUAUGUAUAAGUAAGUAUGUAAGUACUUCAAAUGUUUAUAAAUAAUUUGGCUGCUAAAAGUCAUUAUUCCAAAGUGCUAACAAGUUGCAAUUUUAAAUUAUAUGUAAGUAUGUGUGUAAUUAUGUAUAUGUAGGAAGUAAAUUUGACAAAUUUGCUUGCGAGAACCUUACAUUUCUCAGUUACUGAAUUAAUUUGUUGAAAUUCUGUCUUUACCUUUACUUUAUAUAUUUUUAAAAAAUUAAAUGUUAUCCAAAGUCGUUUCCUACAUUCUUCGCAUUUAACAAAAAAAUUAAAUUUUUAGCCAAAAAUUUAUUUGUAACAAUAUACGUAA